AGCUUAAUCCACAGCUCCUGCCAAUUCAACAGGCCUCUGUUCUCCGAGUUUUUGCCUCCGAAGCCUCGUGCUUCUCGGGUCCUCGUCGUUUACUCGUCUUCUUCAGCCACAUAUGCCAACCCUGUCAGUCCCGGCGCACCUCAGCCUCAGUCGCUGGCAGCUGUGAAACAGUGGUACUCCCUCUGAAACCCUAACGCCACGCAAGGGAUCAUUCAGUUGGAGCUCCACCCCUGCCGAACAAAUUUAUUGAUUGAAGUUAUUGCAGCUUCGAUUCGGCGUUCAAAAUUCGAAUUUUUAUCUUUUAUCUUUGACAUUGUUAAAGCAGAAAAAUGAUGGACUCUGAGGAUCAGGGCAUCGAGGAAGCUCAUCUUUAUGCUUCCAAGGAAGAAAUGGAAAAUCUUGUCCUCGAUGAUCCUUUACGCAGCAAAUCGUACUCAAAUUACCGUAGUGCCAUGUCAACAAUCUCCGACACCCAGCAUCCUCUCUCACAGUCGAUCGCGGUGGCCCCAGAAGACUCCGAUCCUCUGCUAUCCCCGCUUCAUUAUACCGAAUUUGGGAACCCUAAGGCCCCCGAUAAUUCUUACAUUGACCCGCCAUCGUAUGGCGAUGCAAUUUUUAGCCCUUUCAAUGAGAAUAACGGUAAUGAUGUCAACGUUGCUGAUAGUUCCAGCCGAAGUUCAGACAGUUCUCAGGGUUUCUCCAGAUCGUCGUCUUCGAGCUCGGAAUAUUUGAAAAUCACUGUGUCCAACCCAGUUAAGGAGCAAGAAACCUCGAAUUCGAUUGUGCCGGGUAGCAAUACUUAUGUAACCUAUUUGAUUACAACGAGAACAAACAUCCCAGAGUUUGGCGGACCAGAAUUUAGUGUCAGGAGAAGGUUUAGAGAUGUAGUGACGCUAUCCGAUCGGUUGGCGGAGUCAUUUAGAGGGUUUUUUAUACCACCAAGGCCAGACAAGAGUAUAAUGGAGAGCCAGGUGAUGCAAAAACAAGAAUUUGUGGAGCAAAGGAGGGUGGCAUUGGAGAAGUACUUGCGCAGACUGGCAGAACACCCUGUGAUAAAGAAAAGCGAUGAAUUCAAGGUGUUCUUGCAGGUUCAGGGGAAGCUUCCGCUACCCACGACAACGGAUGUAACGUCAAAGGUGCUUGAUGGUGCAGCGAAGCUUCCGAAGCAGUUGUUGGGCGAAAGUGUGAUUGCACCCAGUGAAGUUGUGCAGCCAGCGAAAGGGGGAAGAGAUUUUAUGAGGUUGUUUAAGGAGUUCAAACAGUCCAUGGUGAAUGAUUGGGGAAGUUCAAAGCCACCGGUGGUGGAGGAGGACAAGGAAUUCUUGGAAAAGAAAGAAAAGAUCCAAGAGCUUGAGCUGCAAAUCACCAAUGCAUCUCGACAGGCAGAAGCACUUGUCAAAUCUCAGCAAGAUAUGGGAGAAACAAUGGGAGAAUUAGGGCUGGCAUUCAUUAAAUUGACGAAGUUUGAGAAUGAAGAGUCUGUCUUGGACAGUCAGAGAGUAAGAGCUGCUGACAUGAAAAGUUUGGCUACGGGUGCUGUCAAGGCUAGCAGAUUCCAUCGAGAAUUGAAUGCUCAAACAGUGAAGCAUUUGGACACGCUUCAUGAAUAUCUUGGGUUAAUGCUGGCUGUCCACAGUGCAUUCUCAGAUCGCUCAAGUGCAUUAUUGACGGUGCAGACUCUUAUAUCAGAACUAUCUUCGUUGCAGUCAAGGGCUGAAAAACUUGAAGCAGCAUCGUCAAAAAUUUUUGGAGGUGACAAAUCAAGGAUCAACAAAUUAGAGGAGCUAAAAGAAACCAUAAGAGUCACUGAGGAUGCCAAACAUGUUGCAACUAGAGAAUAUGAGCGGAUCAAGGAAAACAAUAGGACUGAGCUUGAAAGACUUGACAGAGAGAGGAAAGCUGACUUUUUAAACAUGUUGAAAGGUUUCGUAGUUAGUCAGGUUGGAUAUGCUGAGAAAAUUGCAGAUGUCUGGACAAAAGUUGCCGAGGAUACCAGUAGAUAUGUGAAUGAUAGCACUUGAUCAAAGUGGCUGUGAAUUCUAAUCUUCUCUGCAUUUCUUUCUUUUCAUUUCUUUUCAUUUAAUUUCUUUUCCUCCCCAUAUUCAUGUGCACCGUCACAAAAUAGGUUCACAAUCAUGGCAAUAAACUAAGGAAGCACAUAUUUACGCUCCUAGGCUUGUGUUUAUUCCACUUGCAUCUCGUAGUACUUUUUUUUUUUUUUUAACUUGAUGCUGUAAAUUAGACAUGUUCAACUCCACUAGCCCAAAACUCACAUGACGUUGUGGCCCCGAUAUGGUUGAGUUUGUAGAGCAAUCUAUUUGAUCAACACCAUAUCCUUACCCUUGCACUUAUUCUAUAACAUUAGCCCAGGAUUAGUGGACAGCUGAAGUUGAGUUUUGAGAGAGGAUUGAAUUCUAUGGUUCAUGGGCUCUUCCGCGCCAAUAACUUUCUUAUAUUAUAGGUUGGUGGUGAGGUAAACAAGGAUAUUCGGAGUAUUUUAUAUGUUAAAUAGAAUUGACGAAAUGGGGUGGAUUAUGGUGAUUU